AUGCCGGUCCUGGACGCGGUCCUGGCCCUGCUGAUCCUGAUCAAUGUGGUUGCAGCCGGGAUAGGCGUGGAGUGCAUGCGGAAACUGGCAGCCCGGGUGACCAUCGUGCGGUGGCUCUGGAGAGUCCUCCAGAUCAACUGGCCCGUUCCCACGUCCACGGUGCUGGGCUUCGUGGACAUCUGGGACCAGUUUGUCUGCUCGCGGAACAGCUUUGAGGUCAGGUUUGCUGUCUUCUGUGACCAGCUGGGCGACUACCUGGAGGAGGUGCUCCAGCGUGUCCUGGACUACAUCGAGAAGACCUUUCAGGCAGCACCAGAGGACCAGGCGUGGCGCCUGCGCUCGCUGGGCCUGAGGAGGAUCACGGCCUGGGACCUGCAGCAUGGUGUGGGAGCACUGCAGCAGACCACGUGCGCGAUAUGCCUGGAGGACUGGAAGCAUGCCGAGCAAAUACGAGAGGUGCUGGACCGAGCAUGCACAGGCCGCCUCCCCCCCUACACCCUCUACCGCUUCCUGCACUCCCGAGUGGAGGUCGGCAAGACCAUUGCUCCCGGGUUUGACCCCGCCCCUGUCAACCGGCUCGCAGUGCAUGGCGCUGGAGAUGCGAUGGCCCUGCACUGCAAGGAUGGCAACGUCCUCCUGUCCAGCCUGGGCUCCCUGCGCAGCUCCUCGCUGGUCCUCAGCUGGGGCGCCCCAGCCGUGCCCUGCACACGCCUCGACCCCGGCGCCGGCCCAUUCUUCAUGCCAGUCUGGGCGGCAGACGACCUGGCCAUCCCCUCGCUUGCCUCCAACCGCGUCCUCCUGUACGCCGGCGCCGAGGGAAGGCACUCCCUCCCACACACCGCCCUGGCCCUGGUCAGGCAGGGUCGGAACGCCGCGGUCAGUUGCCUGCACGUGCCGCCGCCCGGCACCGCCCCCUUCCGCCUGGCAGCGGGCACAUUGGAUGGCCACGUGGGCCUGUGGGACUCACGCGACCCCGGUCGCGGUCAGGGGGGGGCUCUGGCCCCGGACCUGGUGCUGGAGAUGGUCAGCGGGCGGUACGCGCCCGGCAGGCACUCCGUGGCUGGGCUGAGCGUGCGGGACGGCGGCAACGCGGUGGUGGCGGCCUACUCCACGGGCACAGUGCGCACCUGGGACCUACGUGGCGGGCGGACUGCGGCCGCCUGCUUCGGCGCCCGCAUCCACUCCCACCCCGAGCUGAGCCAGGUGUCGCUGCCGGGCAUGCUGGCCGACAUUCCUGGCCUGGAAGAUUGGCCUGAUCCGGAGCAUCCAGACAGGUUAGCAUUCCACCUCCUCGGCAAAUGGUGCGGGGUCCUGGACGUGGCGGCAGGGAGGAUCACCCACCUCUACGCGCCUGAGUAUACGCCUGACGAGGAGGCACGGCGACCCAUUCUUACAGGUCCGCCGGAGCCUGGGGCAUGGCUGCCAGACGGCGAGUAUGCCGUCAGUGACCAAGGCGGCGAUGUUUUCCUCCUGGGCUUCGGCACACGUGGUGGCGGUCACCAGGCCACAUUUUCAGGCAUGUUUGCCAGCAGGGCUCCGCACUUCCAGGCUGAGCUGUCGACCAGAUGCUAUGCGCUGGAGUACAUUCCCACCAGCGAUGAGCUGCUCGUGUCGGGGGGCGACUACCUAGAGCUAUUGGGUCGUGGCGUCGGGGCUGUCCAGUGGCAGGAUGCUUAA